UGAUACUUAUUUAGCAGGAAUGUACAGAUUACUGAUGUACUUAGGAUGCAAAUGGAAGUACAAAGACGAUUGCAUGAACAAUUGGAGGUACAGAGACACCUCCAGUUGAGAACUGAAGCACGAGGGAAGUAUAUGCAGUCUAUACUGGAGAAAGCUUGUCAAACACUAGCUGGUGAAACCAUGACCUCAGGAAGUUACAAGAGUAUCAAUAAUCAAGGAAUUGUGGACAUGGGUUUUGUGAAGGAUUUUGGUUCUUCAAUGAAUUUCCCUUCACUUCAAGACUUGCACAUAUAUGGAGAGCAAGUUGAUCAUAUGCAGCCGCAUAUGGACAGAUCAUCAUCUCUUGAAGGAUUCAUGACUGUCAAUGAUAGCAUCAGUCUUGGGAAAAAGAGGCCCAGUCCAUAUAGCUGUAGUAGCAAGAAUCCUUUAAUGUGGUCAUCUCAUGAUCUUAGACUACAAGAAUUAGGAACAGCAGCAGCAACAUGUCAAUGGUUGGCAGCUCAUGAUCUAUAA